UUUUUUUUUUGCGACAAAACAUGAAGUUGAACAGUGUUUGUUAAGGGCUUCCUCUCUCUUUUCGAUAUAAACGUCCGAAAUGCCUCAGCAAAUUAAGGAUAUCAAGCAAUUCCUUGAAAUUGCCCGCAGAAAGGAUGCCAAGUCUGCUCGCAUCAAGAAGAACCCUGAUUCCGUCAAGUUCAAGGUUAGAUGUUCUCGCUACCUUUACACUCUUGUUGUUAAGGACAAGUCUAAGGCUACCAAGCUUAAGCAAUCUCUUCCCCCCUGUAUGUUAUAAUAGAUAAUAUAUUUUGUAUUUAUGCUUUGUCACUCAUCUUUUUUUUUAUUUUUAGCUCUCGUUGUUGAGGAGAUCUAAGUUUGAUAAUUGCUUGAAAGUAAAUCAGUAACACUUAAAAACAAUAAAAAUUGAAAGGCCUAUCCCAUGCAGAG